ACUUCACUCUGUAUAUUUCAUUCUUUCUUCCUUUGCAUAACUUCUGUAUCAUUGAAAAAGAGUGUGACGCAGGUGCAUGUGUCAUCUUUUAAACCCUGGUAGUCAAUGUGUACAUGGUCUUGAAUCCUUAAUCCUUAUUUUAUUUCUAGAGUCAAUUUCACAGGAAAAUUUUUAAUCCAUUAGAUUAGUAGUUGUAGUGAAAACCUACCCAAUUGUGCCCUUUAAAAUGAUGGGGUGCUGACCAUCUCUGUAACAGGAAAGGAGUAUGGAGGCAGGGAAGAAGCAUAUGAUUUUGGUUUCCUUUCUGAUUUUUCUUGUUUCUUCAGUGUAUCCAAUGGCAUCAGAGGGGAGACAGGCUAAUCCCGUCAAGCACUUUGUUUUAGUUCAUGGGUCUUGCCAUGGUGCCUGGUCUUGGAACAAGAUUGUGGCACUACUAAAAUCAUCUGGCCACAAAGUCACUGCUCUGGACUUGGCUGCUUCUGGAAUUAGCCCAAAACAAGUGGGUGAUCUGCGAUUAAUUUCUGAGUAUUUCCAGCCACUGAGGGACUUCAUGGAGUCACUCCCUGCAGAUGAGAGGGUGGUUCUUGUUGGACACAGCAAGGGUGGGUUGGCCAUUUCUCAGGCCAUGGAGAAGUUCCCAGAAAAGGUUUCUGUAGCUGUUUUUGUUACUGCCUCAAUGCCUGGUCCCACUCUCAACAUUUCCACUCUCAAUCAAGAGACAUCCAGGAGACAAGUUCCUCUACUAGACAGCCAGUUCACAUAUGAUAAUGGCCCCAACAAUCCUCCCACCACUUUCACCUUUGGCCCCUUGUUCUUAUCACUGAAUUUGUAUCAGUUGAGCCCAACUGAGGACUUGGCACUAGGGACUAUGUUGAUGAGACCCGUACGCUUGUUCAGUGAAGAAGACACGUCAAAUGAGCUCAUGUUGUGGAAGAAAUAUGCCUCGGUGAAACGUGUCUUUAUUAUUUCUGAGGAAGACAAGGUGAUGAAAAAGGAUUUUCAACUCUGGAUGAUCCAAAAAAACCCACCUGAUGCUGUUAAAGAGAUUAAAGGAUCUGAUCACAUGGUCAUGAUGUCUAAGCCAAAAGAGCUUUGGGUUCACCUGCAGGCAAUUGAUGAGAAGUAUUCUUGAUGUUGUCAUACCAUUAUGUGGAAAACGAAACAAUUGAAUAAGCAGGAAAAGAAAAAAGUUUCAAUAGAAAUUGGUAAUUUGAGCUGUGGACUGAUUCAAAGAAAUUUUUACUAAUAGAAACAUCAUGGUUCAGUUGUAUCAAUUAUAAAUGUAUUGCAAUAUACAACUAUAUUUCAGGAGUUUUAAA